AUGUUACUGAGCGACAAUCAGCCAACAACCAAUGGUAGGCUUGAAUGUUCCCGAGCUCCUCGGGGGGAGAAAUUUCGGUAUCAAGCGCGUAAGUUGACUAUCAUUGUUUUGUGCAUAGCUAACCGUCUAACCACUGUCUUAAAACAGUAGCUAUAUUAUAUACAUCUGCAUUUCAUACGUAAAGCUAGUAAAAUUAUUUGUUUACAUGUUGUCUUUGUCAUACCCCUACCAUUUUACCCAGAGAGGUUGGCGCUUUCUUAACCAGCCAGCUAACGUUAGCUUGUUGCUAACUUACGUUAGCACGCUAGCUAGCUAGCCAACAAGGAAACAACAAACACAACAAUGGUUUUUGGAGUGUUUUUGCAGUAAACAAUCUAGUAAAUGUGGUAUUUUCCUGACAGAAGUUUCAAUCAGCUCCAUCUCGUUUAAUCAAAUAAAUACUUAGUAAUUAACUAGUUAGCAAGAGUUCCCUGAUGUUAGCCUAGCUUGCUAGCUAAGGUUACUGUAUGAACUGGUGGCCCGUGUCUGUUUUCGUUGUUGAUAAGCCUACAAAGUACAAACAAUGUUUGUUGUUAUAAUAUUUGUUUUGAUUCGUGCUUGUGAAAAAGGACAGGGGUGGAGUUUACAAUGGAAAAUAGGUAGCAGUGGUGUUUGUGCCUGAUCCUGUGUCAUUCUCGUAUUGUUAAAAUGGUUGACCAUAAAUAUAACAACUUUGAAGGGCGUAGUGUAUUGGAUAGACUCACUAAACCAACACCACCUUAUUUGAGCUAUGAGCCACUGAACAGAGCAGACUAUAGGCCUAUGUUUCAGAUGGCAUAACAGUGGUAUGUUACUUUUGAAUUUUCCCAAGGCAUCAUUUUGAUACUGUUACUUUUGCCUUCCCUCAGCAAAGAAUAGUCCCUUUCUGAUGGCGGUUGCCUCAGCAGCAGUGAUGGACAGCAUUGUAAUCCUUGAUGAUGAUGAUGAGGAAGAGGAGAGGCCUCAGCCCUCUUCCUCCACGUCCUCUAAACUCUCAGCCAAUCAUCGUACUCCCCCUAAAAUCCAACAGCCCGCUCCUACUCACAUCACCCAAUCUCCUUUCGCCACGGCGAAGAAAGAAAGCCAUGUUCUUAAAGCAGAGAACCAGAAGCUCUUUACUGAGGUAAGAGGGUACAUGGAUGGAUGGAUGGAUGGAUGGAUGAAUGGAUGGUGGAGAUGUUUGGUACAGUCACACUACAAAUAUGUCAGUGGAGCUGCAACACUGGCAAGCACAACUACGGCUGUGGCUAUGAGUCUUUGCAGGCUAUUAGUCCAUCGCGAUCAUGUCAGAUCACUGAAAUCAUAAUGAAUUGGUGCGUGACCCUUUCGAAUUGGGGCCUUCCCACAUCACUCUUAAUCAGUGUUUUUCAAAUCCCAUAGUUUUGCAGGCUUUUGCUCCAUCCCAGCACUAACACACCUGAUUAUAACUAAUCCACUAAUCGUUAAGCCCUUGUAUUGAGCUGGAACAAAAGUCUGCACCAACCCUGUGUCCCCCCCCUCCCAGUGCAAAGAUUGAAGAACACUCUUCUAAACCCUUCUCCCUCGUUCACUCCCCUCCCUCGCUUUGUUCAGUUUGUAGAGUACUGCUCGGCCCACACACAGGACUGCCCCGAGGUCAUGACCUUCUUGCACGCCAAGCACUCCAAGGCCUCACCGGACUUCCUGGCCUCGGUGGAGUUCCGCAACACGCUGGGCCGCUGCCUGACACGCGCCCAGGCCCGCCGCACCAAGACCUUUGUCUACAUCAACGAGCUGUGCACCGUCCUCAAACAGCACUCAGACAAGAGGAGGCAGACUGUCUUGAAGGUGAAGCCUACCGCCGGGGAGAAGAAGGCGAUGGAAGAGGAGGCACCGAAGGAGGAGCUACCGUCUACCUCGGGGCAGCAGGAGGAGGAGGAGGAAGAGAAGGAGAAGAAGAUGAAGAAGGCUUCCCGGAGACAGGUCAGCAGCACCAAGAAUGGACAGUGUCCAUGACUUCUCUAUAGCUUUAUCCCCCUUCCUCUUCUGCCCAAAGUGUGCACUUGGUCUCCCACAAGGGUUUAAAAGCAUUGAAUUUGGUGUAGAUUACUGUAAUAUUUUGCAUCAGAUAGUUCAUCAUCAUAAGGAGGAAUGUGCCAGGCAUAUCUUCAUCUCUCUCUCUCUCGCUCUCUUCUCUCUCUCCUCUCGCUCUCUCUCAGAUUGCAUACCUGGAGAACCUGCUGAAGAUGUACAAUGAUGAGAUCCGGCGGCUGCAGGAGAAGGAGCUGAGUGUCAAUGAGCUGGAGGAGGAGGACUCCAGCUACAUCCAGGAGCACAAGCUCAAACGCAAGGUCAGGACACCAAGGCCUAUUGGUUCCAAUGGCUCAGUUGGUUGGGGUGUGACGCUUGUAACACCAGAGCUGUGGGUUUGAUUCCUGCAUGAGCCACAUACUAAAUUUGUUAACUGUACAUGACUUUGAUAGAUAGAAGUAUCAUGUUUUUUGAGCCACUGAAAACCUCUCCUUUCUCUCUCUUUCUCUCUCUCUCACAGAUGAUGAAGAUCUAUGAUAAGCUCUGUGAGCUGAAGGGCUGCAGCAGUCUGACAGGCCGAGUGAUCGAGCAGAGGAUCCAAUACAAUGGGACACGCUACCCUGAGGUCAACAGAAAGGUAACUAACACAUGACAUAAUCAACCAACUCAUUGUUUAUUGACAACCCAAUGCUUUUUGACCACUGCUUAUUUAUGUUAUAUAGACUAUGGAUGAAAUGAAAUUUAAAAUCUAACCCCAGUAUGAGCGAAAUCAAGGAAUAAAUAGGUAAUAAAUGCAUGAAAACAAUAACAAAACAUUCAAAUCUAAAUCAAAUGUUAUUGUUCGCAUACACAUAUUUAGCCGAUGUUAUUGCGGGUGUAGCGAAAUGCUUGUGUUUCUAGCAAUUGAUUUGGCUGUCCUUUUGUGUUUUGCUCAUGAUGAUCCAGAACACUCUGACCCCUCCUCAUCCUGCUCUUCCACUCCCACCCGCAGAUUGAGCGUUUCAUCAACAGUCCCGAGGCCCAGCUGAAUCCACCCGACUACACAGACAUCCUGCAGCAUAUCCGUCGGGCCAACGAGCGCCACGGCCUCAACCUCAGCAGGAAGCAGCUGACCCAGAUUGCUCAGGAUGCCUUCCGCGAGACUGGCAACCGCCUGCAGGAGAGACGCCACCUUGACAUGGUCUACAACUUCGGCUCGCAUCUCACAGACCUCUACAAACCAGGUAAGAGAACGUAGAACACACACCUCUACAUUCCUGGUUGGAGCUGUGUGUUUCCGUCUGUCUGACGUCUGUCUUUCUGUGUGUAAGAAUAAAGAGAAAUUACACACUAGGGCUUGGAAUUGCCAUGGACCUCACGACAUGAUACAUUAUUAUCACCAUACUGAGGUGCCGAUACGAUAUGUAUUGUGAUUCUCACAAUUCUAUAUGUAUUGCGAUUCAAUACUGUGAUUUUAUUGCGAUUCAAUGUUCCAAACAUAUUGCUCACCAUAUGUCUGCUGCAGAGGGACAAGACCGAGCCAUUAGAACAAGUUUUGAUCAGUCAUGGAAAUAAAAGUGCUGAAAAUAAAUUUGCUCCCCAUUUAAAAAUAAUAUGGAGAACAAGCUAUGAAGGAAACAUACUGGAGUUUUGGUGCAGGUACAGCAAACUAGAGGAAAAAUAAUAUUGUGAUAUUGUCAAAAUGAUACAAAUAUCGUCAAAAAUAAUAUCCCGAUAUGUAACUACCCCCCCCUCCCCAUACCCCCCCAAUCACUAUUACACACUUCACCAAGCUGUGAAAACCUGGUAAUUGACACAAUUACACAGUGACACCAGUAUGCUGCUUUGUGGAUAUCAGGUCGAACGUGUGGAAACUAUUUAGGAAAAUUGACUACGAAGUCACUAACUCUCACACUUCCUCUUUUUUCCCCAUCUUUCAUUUUCCCCGCUCUUACCAGCCACUGACCCUGCCCUGUUGGACCCCACGUUGGCCCGUAAGCUGCGCUCUAACCGGGAGGUGGCUCUCUCCAGCCUGGAGCAGGUCAUCUCCAAAUACGCCCUGAAGCAGGACGACACGGAGGAGGAGGAGAGGAGUAAACGGAUAGAGAGAGAGAGGCAGAAGAAAGAGGUAGGUUUGAAGGAGACAAUUUAAUUUUUGAAAUGACUGGAGAUUGAACAAUUUUGUGUAAUUCUCACCUGUUAUAAUCAGCCAAAGCUUUUCCACAUCUGCUUUGAAAAUACAUGGUAUUUAUUUACAUAAAAUUACUGUAUCUGUCACCACUCACUGUCUGUCUUUUCUGUGUGUGUGUCAAUGGAAGGGUCAGUCAUCUGAGCUGGAGGCCACCACAGCCGAUGACAAUCCCCUGAAGAAGGGAGAGGAUGGUGAGGAACAAGCUGAGGAAGAGGAUGAUGAAGAUGACGAGUCGUCCGAUCCAGACAUCGAGGAGGAGAUCCAGGCCAGCAAAUCACAAGCAGGGCCAGGUGAUGAGGAUAAUAAUUAGCAUUUACACAGCACCUUUCUCAAAUUCAGUGUUUGAACCCGGUUUAUCCUGGGUUUUGGCGACAACAUGGAGAAAUCAAAUAAAAAAUCUGGUUUCAACUGAUUUGGGUUUUCUUUUUUUUCAGAGGAUGAUGAUGAUGAUGAUGAUGAGGAGGAGGACAACAAUGAGGUAGAGGCAGCAAACGAGAGUGAGAACGAGGUGGAUGGUGGGAGUGACGUAGACCAGGAUGGAGGAGAGGAAGAAGAGAAUGCUGAGGAGGACAAAGACUCUGUGAUGAGAGGAACCAGCCCCGUCUCCCGGGGUGACACCCCACGGAUCUCCUCCUUAGUCGACGAAUCCCCCACAGACAGCCCCAGCCAAUCAGAGGCGAUGGAGGUAGACAAGGGGAACGAAUCAUCCAAUACCAACCUGACAAAGGAAAACAUUGUUUCCUCCAAUCACGUUUCAGCAGUAUCUGUAAGCACAAGUGUGGAAACUAAGGACUCCUCAGCCUCCCCCAUGGCGGCAAAUCAGGUCUCUUUGCCGCCGUCACCGGUGCUGAUUUCGACCAAUGAGGACUCCUGCACGGUCAUCAUUGAGACGAGGUCAGCGAAUUGCAGCCCCCGGCCACCCAGUCCCAAAAUCUCCAGAAGCAGGAAGAGAAAGAGGAAAGAAGAGGUGGACUCCAGGAAGACUCACAACGGAGGUCUAAGGCACCACAAUGGGAGGUAAGGCUGUAGCACCCAAAUGAAUGAUGUAAAAAAAAUCCAUGGAACAUACCUAUCCAUCUUCAAAUGUGGAGACUUGAAUUAAUGAAUUAGCUCUCUCUCCAUCUGCCGUGACCGUGACCUCCCUCUGGACAUUGGUGUGGAAACCAGGAGCCCCCUGCAGGCGGACUCCACCAGGGCAGACACUCCCACCCAGGAGAUGGUCACCAGUUCCCAGUCCACCCCGCCUCCCAAGAAAAACAAGGUGAGAGUAAAUGAUGAUUGCUGAUGUUUAAGUAUCACGGCACUAUACAUUUUCCCCCACUUAUGCUCAGCAUAUCAUACCCUUGCACUGAAACAUGUCUCACCCCUCUAAAACCCCCAAACAUCUGUCACCUCUGUGUGUGUCGUGCUCUAGCUCCGCUGCCAUGACAUAUCACCAAAAAUGUUUGUGGCGUAGUCACUUGUGUACAGUAUGCAAACCUCUUACCAACUUCCAUUUUAUGUCAUUUUCAGGUCAACGUGGCCACCCAGUGUGACCCGGACGAAGUGAUCGUCCUAUCGGACUCGGAAUGACCUCUGCCCCCACCCUACCGGGUGUCCAGGCUUCCCAUUGCUAGCCUGGAACCAGGUCUGUUUAUGCUGCACAAACUGAUCUGGGACCAGGCCAUCCCAUCACUGCCUCUUGACUUCCAAACCAGUGCCUGCUAAUGUGAACUCUUGAAA